CCCUUUACAUCACGUCCGUCAACACCCCCGACCAUCGGUCUGUUCCCGAGGCAGCUCUGUCGACCUAACCUGCGGCCCAAAAGCUGCUCGGGAAGGAAGGCCUACUCAAAUCUCGCUGUGCAUCUAUCAACAUGGGGCUAGGCGGGAAGACGCACGGCUUUCACCAGCCCGCGAUCGCGCACUAGAUGGCCGUGACCUCGCUCACUCUGCUUGGGACGAAUAUGGAUUCUGCCUCGUCUAUGACUCGCAUCCAUAGAUCACGGCCCACUCAUUACAAGCAUAACGCAUUUUUGAUAAAGCUCGUACGGCAAGCACGCGCUUUCGACCGCCGCUCGCUCGACUUACCUCAAAUGUUGCUGUCGACAACCCCCUCAGCCGGUCUUAGCCCUUCUAACCGACUCUGGCGGCACAUCCGAAGGAUGACUCUAGUGGUCGUCUUACUAGCGUUCCAUCGAUGCUCGACCCUAGACGGAUCGAAGCUCACGUAUAGCUCGAACGGACGCGGUGAGCGGCGUAUGGACUAUGAAGGACUCAUUCUACCUCUCAGCUCUCCGGAUCCAUGCAUGUCUUCCUCUUCAAUGCGUUAUAUGGUGAAAGGCUCCGCGACGACCGUUCUAUGGGGCAGUGUUAGACGGCGGCAUGAGAAUGCGGAAGGAAAGAAUGAGCCAUUUGCCCUAUCGAUCGACGGGCAGCGCUAGCCACGCUUCCCCACGCGAAAUUAGGCUUGCUCGCCUCUGCAUCGUUCUCGCCAUGGUUUUGGCCUCAAAAUUGGGAUCGUCAACGACGCCCAGGGCUCUCGAAAGGAAGCAGCCAUCAUCAGCAUGAUACGGUGCAUUGACAAGUUGGCAUUCUCGGCCUCGUUGUAAAUUGCGAUAGAUGACACCCCUGUGUCAUCAGCGUUUUUGGCACGGUGGCCUACGGCGACUCGUAAUUCAAGCAAUGACUUGCUGACUGGGGCUGCAUUUUGGGAGAUAUGGCGACUUACACC